AUGGACAAAGCAAUAGAAACUCUAAAUUCGGUUUCAUCUUAUGGAAAUGCAUGGAUUGUUUGUAGGUCAAAGUCAUAUGCAGGACGUGUUUACUAUUUUAAUACAGUUAAUGGGCAAGCUGUCUGGAAUUUAAGUGAGCCUGAAAUAGCGAAAGCGAAGCAGAAGACAAUUGAGUCUCAGUCUGCAAUUAUAAACACAGAUUUUCCAGAACCGUCAGAAUCUCCCAUUGAUAAUACAGUCAGGUCAAACACCCCACAUGAAAAGAUAUAUCAAAAAGAGAAGAAAAACAAUAGAUGUUUAAGACAACCUUAUCCAUGUGCUGCUAUUAAUAAUUUUACACAAUAUGCUCCCCUCAAUAACUAUAAUACAUUUAGCUUGGGUGUACCUUUCAAUCCUGUUAUAAGUAUUCCUUCUAAUCCUCUUGUAUCUCAACAAGUAAAUAAUGAAAUCAGUGGCUAUACGCAUAGUAAUGACUCAAAACAAAAUGUGGUCCUCAAUACAUCUAUGCCAUUAUCAACACGAUUUAAAUAUGUACAACACAAAACCAGACCGGCAUUUGCAAAGAUGAAUAGAAGACAUUUUAACAAGAGAAAGGUAUAUCAAACAAGUAAUAUUAAAAACCAGUUGACUGACUUGAGAAAAAAAAUUAGCAUCAAUAGAAAUAUAAGGAAUACCAGCGAUUUAAGUGAUACCUGUGAUAAUAAUCUUUCAUUGAAUGACUUUAGUAUAACAACAGAAGAUGGUUUAAAUGUUCCAAAAAACAAUAAACCAUCAACAUCUCAGCAGUCAUAUACACCAGAUGCAAUGGACUAUGAAAUGGGAUUAAAUGCAGAAACUCUGAACAGCCUGUUUGGUCUCAAUACAAGAACGAAAGUUUGGUUUAUGGUUAUAGAUGAGCAUGUUCUGUAUAGUAAUUUAAAUUUAAUAAGCAAAAUUAUGAAUGUUGACAUAAGGAGUCGCUUGGUUCUUCCCAAAAUAGUAUUAAAUAACAUACAACAAGCUACCACAUCUAUAGAUAAGGCAGAACAAAGGAUAUCUAUUCUAGCAAGUUUAUUUACUUCUAGACUUUUGAGUGACAAUCGGGCUACUGUAGAUAACAAGAAUUAUCCCUCUGAUGAAUACUAUGAAAGUAUAUUACAAUGUUGUGCAAAUUUGAGUAAAUACGAUCAAAAAGUGGUUCUCAUAACAGAAAGUGAGAUUAAAUGCUCAUACGAUAUGAACACAUUUCACAUGUUUACCACUGAAGAACUGAAAUCAUUUUUUAUUCAUAGUAACUUGAAGAAGUGCAAUACAAUAAGAUCUGAUAUGAUAAACGAUUUAAUAAAAAAUCAAUGUAAGAAAGAAAUUCAACAUGUGUCCAUACAGACUGACAUGACAUCGUCUUCAGAUGUAGGAGUGCAGACCGAAUUUGAAAAUGCAAUAUUUUCAGUUCAACAAAAUCAUGAAAAUAACAAUCGAAUUAAUGAAACUAUAGAACAAGAAGACAAAGAAGGACAGGACACCAAAACAUACAAAGAUGAUGAAAUAGUCAUGUUUGAUGUCUCCAGCAGUGCAAUGAAAGAAUAUCUAGUAACGAAGAUAGAUGAAUGGGUGUCACGGUUCGUUCAGAUAAUGGAGGAGGCGUUAAGUCAAGUUUUACAGCACGAACCCUAUGUGCCAGAUAUGCCACCUCCAUGGACUUUAUACGAAGCGUGUCAGUGUAUUAAAAAGAAAUUUAAUGAUAAAGAUGUCUUUAAUGCGGCAAAUAAGUUGGCCGAUGUGUUGUUCGAUACGGGAGGCUUGAGAGGUAAAAUAAAUAAAAACGUGACACCCGAGUUAUAUAUGAGGAUGUAUAGUUUUGGUGUUUCUCUGAUUGACUCUUUACAGGUCCCGCUAAGUAACAACGAAGACCUGUUGAUAGCAGAAAAGUCCUUAGGGUCCCUACUAAAUGACAUACAAGACCCGCACGUUGGAGCGAGUGACUGUGACCUAUUUACUGAUUUAGAUAGAUCGAUGAACAAUACUAGUGCAAGCGAUAUAGGUGUUUCGAAGGAGCGGACAAAGGUGGAUAACACGUCGGUUCGAAUAAGAAGAUCUCAUUCGCUUUCCGAUGUGGAUUGCGUACAAUUAGAGGCUUUAAACGAACCAGUUUUCAAACAAAGUAAUACAAAUGUCACUCCAACUAAAAAGAAAUCUCCUCUAAUACGAACACCUCCGCAAAGCACGAAGGAAACUUCGCGAGCGACACCUUUGAAGUCACCAGAGAUUAAACAGAAAAAAAUAACACCUCCCACUUCUAGUGCCUCGCCGAGUAAAUAUUUCCUGAGGAAACGGAAAAGUCCUCAGCAAAAUAAUUUGGACGAAGAAAUUGACGAUGCCCCGAUGUACGUAAAUUUGUCCCCACAAGACAGUUUUUUGACAAACUUCGAAUUGAGGAGUAUUUCGCAUCAUACGAGUACUUCUAGCCUAGCAGAAAAUGAGAUUCCGCCAAGUAACAUCUCUAUAACUUCGCUUAACAAAGCGCCAGAGCCAAAAAUUAUUAGGCAAUUUACGAAAUUCCCAGACUUUGAAGAACUAAUACAAAAGAAGUCUUCUAAUAAUCUCUUUUAUGAGUUUAGCGAAGAGGAAAACUUCGACGGAUCUAACGUAUCGUAUUCAGAAGACACAGAUUCGAGUUUCCUAAAUAAUGACCUGAGCGAACCGAAUGCCUAUUCUCAGUUCAUUGAUAGAGUUAUAUAUCAAGUUACUGAGAAUUUUCAAUUGGUCUACCUAUUUUGUAAAGAUGCGUGGAAUCAGUUGAAGAGUGAUAGCGCUGACAAAAAUCUAAUAAUACGGCAAAGCAAAGAAGUUUUAAAAGUAUUCGAUAUUAUUUUCUUUGAUAUUGAAAGGAUACACAUAAGAGAACUAAACUCGGAUCAAGAUCGAUGGAAAGAAAUAGUAAAUAAACUUGGAAUUGAAAAUAGUGAUUUCGUUGAGAAGAAAAUGGAAUAUUAUAGGUGUUUUAUCAAGGACUGCGUUGAAGAGAAAGGUAUUUUCCUCCAAAACAUGCUUAAGUUCAUAAUGGAAGCUGCGCAGCAGGCUGAUGACCAUAACACCGAAAACACAAAUACAAAUCUAUGA